UAAAAAAUUUUAAAUGUAACGACAUACCUUAAUCAGGAAUCUCUUAGAACGUAUAAUUGACGACUUUACAAACUUGAAUGUGUCUUAUUAGCCCAUAAGUAAAAAUAUUCGAUUAUGUGUAUACAUUCCGUCCUCAUUGGAAAUUAUAACGAUAAGCUUAAAUCUAUAUGUGUAUAAAAACGUACAAAAGUUAAGUACAUUAAACCGUCCAUUUUUAAAUAAAUUAAAAAGUAAAAGCUGAUGUAAAGUUUGUUGUAUAAAUUAAAAAAAAAAUAUAAGUAUAUUCGUAGACAUUGAAAAUAUUACAAUAUUAAGUAAUACCAGAUAAUUGUAGCAGAGAACGUAUAUCAUGUAUGUAUGUAUUUUACGUUCUCUGCAUGCACCACACAUUGUAAAUAUUGCAAAAGUUUAGUUUGCGCAAAUUAUUUUUAUAUAUAAGUUAAGUUCUGUAAAACAAAAUGUGGCAAGUGACAUUUAUAUCGAUAACGAUUUUUCAUGUAUACUUGGCAACGCGGUAUGUAUUUGACACUUGGAACUGCUGUUUUUAUAUCACUCGUCGAAGAAAAAUAAAAAAACGAAAUCAGAUAAUCUGGUGGAGCUGGAAAGAAAAUCUGCAAAAAAAAAUAAUAAGCAAGUACUUAUUAUUUAAGAUCAUAGUUAAUUAAUUAUUAUUCUUAUCCAAGUGAUAUAUCAAAAAUGGCGCUCUCAGUAAUGCUGCGUAAUGCCGGCAAAUUAAAUGUUGUAGGACUAGGAAAAACGGCCUUAUCUUUACCGAUGAAGACUUUAACAACAAAGAGUACUCUUUCUGCAGAAAGUUUAAAAACUUUAAGUAAAAUGAAUAAUGCACAGUUCAUGUCAAGAACCUUCUCAUUAAGUUCUCCUAAGUUGGCUGCAGCUAAAGGCAAUCACACACCUUUAUGGACCGCUGAACGUCUGAUAUCUCUUUCCCUGUUGGGUGUUGUUCCUGCUGCUUUUAUCUACCCUUCGCAAACGCUCGAUGCUCUACUUGCGAUCUCUGUAGUCCUUCACUCCCAUUGGGGUGUAGAGGCCAUAAUCACAGAUUAUGCUCGCCCGCAAGUGGUUGGACCACUUUUACCGAAAGUCGCCCAUGGUGGGUUGAUAUUACUGUCUAUUGCAACACUUGGUGGACUUUUCUAUAUCAUACAAAAUGAUGUCGGAAUUACCAACUCCAUUAAGCAGAUUUGGAAGAUUAAGGCUGCUGGAUCUGGUUCAGCUGUUGAGGAAUCCGGUUCUCAAUAAUUGUAUUUUCUCAAUUACAUUCACACCGUUAUGUCAAACACGAAGAAACAGCCAAAUACGUAAACAGUUUAAUUUUUUGUUCGAUUUAAUCGUAUAUGAAAUGUAACUAUUGGAGAAUAUUAGAUUUUUUUAACGACAUUAGAGCGUAUAAAAAAUUGUCUUACUACAAUUAUAAACCAAUAAACAAUGAAAUAAAAUUAUAAACACCAA